CGGUGCGGGUUGCCUUUGAACGUGGUCCACUGAUUUCAGUCAGUGUGUCUGUCACUCUACCGGCUUAUCUACGAGUCGAACUCACACACAGCCAGCGUCUGUCAGCUAAACCAUGAAGAUCUGGACAUCAGAGCACAUAUUUAACCACCCUUGGGAAACAGUGACCAAGGCUGCCAUGCAAAAGUACCCCAAUCCUAUGAAUCCCAGUGUGUUUGGAGUAGAUGUUUUGGAUCGAGCCAUUGACAAACAGGGACGCCUACACAGUAAAAGACUCCUCAGCACAGAGUGGGGCCUUCCAUCUAUAGUCAAAUCUAUCAUUGGUAACACGCGGACGUGCACAUAUGUUCAGGAGCAGUCAGUUGUGGACCCUAAAGAGAAGACGUUUGAACUUCAGUCAACGAAUAUUACUUUUACAAACAUGGUGUCAGUGGAUGAAAAGUUAACAUACAAACCACACCCAGAGGAUCCAGAAAAGACAGUAUUGACUCAGGAGGCUAUAAUCUCUGUGAAAGGAGUCAGUCUCAGCAGCUACUUGGAGGGCGUUAUGGCCAAUACCAUCUCUGCUAAUGCUGGAAAGGGCCGUGAAGCCAUGGAGUGGGUAAUCAGACGACUCAACGCUGAGAUUGAGGAGCUGGCAGCUACAGCAUGCGGGACCAUGCGCUCCCCGAUGGCAGCCGCUGCAGUCACCGAGAAAUGACACCAGCCUCUGUUUUCCGGCUGAGUCUGGGAGAAACUGCACAUCAGUCCUACCAGCCUCCCUUUAUGAUGCUCUGGUGCUGUUUGGUGCUCUGUUUUUUUGUUGUUUUUUUUUCUUAGUUAUUUGAGGGUACAAUUCCACCAUCUCCAUUACAUUACUGUCUACAUUAGAUACAUUUGGGGCAGCAGAUCGCAUCAUAGAGGGAGUCUGUGGUCACAUUGUCACUGUAUCCCACUCGGCAGGACCACACAGAGAGGUUUGAGGGGGUAAAGUGAGUGGCAUGCUCAGGGACAAGUGGAAACAGAACUGAUAUGUGUGUUUUUGUGAACAUGUAGCAUUGGCAUUGGAGAGGUAUCAGAGGCAUUUGGAUGAACUGACAAGAUAAAGUGCCAAAGCAAAUCACUGCUUUUUGCUCCACCUCUUUU